AUGUUCAUCGUCAGGAGAUUGACCGAAAUUCAGCAGCGCUAUUCGAAGACAUUGCAAUUAGCAAUUUGCAACUUUGAAGCCGCUUUCAACUCUUCACAUCGAGGACGUCUUUUUAACGAGCUCGCCCUGAUGGAGUACAAGGAAAUUAGUGCUCUUACACUUCUGUUAGCUUCUGAAGAUCUCGUUUGUCAUCCGUUCCUAAGCGAAUUUUCGACGCUGCGAAGCACUGUGCAAGCUAUAAAGAUUGCCUUUUAUGGUGCUCAAUACGAAGUCACCUCUGGUUAG